GCCCACUUUGGAAUAAUGUUACAUUAAUUGCAGACAUUUUCUGAUAUUCUUGUUAAACAAGCAGACGAUGUUUCUUCGGAACACAAUUACCAGGUAGAGUGAAUUUCCAUGUGGCCAAUGAAAUGGUGAGUGAAUAAUGGUGGUUUGAGGGAAUAAUUGAGUUCAGUCAUCAGUGCAACCGUUGCUGCAAGUGCCCACCCCAAAGCCACCAUGCAUGGGAAACCCUUCCAUUUUCCGGUGAUUCUACUGCUCCUGUGCCAGUACUGUGUCUUAUCAUUUUGCAUACGAGGUAAACCACCAUCCUCCUCCGGGUUGGCGCCGGAAGACUCCGAUGUAGCCAUGCUGUUGAAUAAUCUUAGCGAUUCGGUGAGAGAACGGCCAGAUGAGGUGUCGUACUUCGAAGAGGACGAGCUGGGAUUGUCGAUUGUGAUGGGGGCAGCUGGAAGCAAUAUUGGUCAUCGGGCAGCCAAACGGUCGGCCGAUUGGAUUAAUCGCAUCGAGGUACAGGACGACGAUAUCAGUGCUAAUUACAUCGUAUACAACGUUGGAGUGCUAAUGGCAUCUCAUUUGGAUUCGCCAUUCGAUUUGGAACGAUGCGGACCAGCAGUAGACUUAGCGUUAGAUUUUAUAAACGAUUUUUUGGGAAAGACACAUAGCAUCAAACUGAAGAAAGUUCAAGCAAGCUACGCCUCCUGCUCGGGAGCCAAAUCGCCCGGCCUUGCGGCGGAUAUGCACUUCAAGAACAACGUGGUGGCCUUCAUCGGACCUGCAUGUGCCUUUGCGUUGGAACCGGUGGCCCGACUGGCCGACUACUGGAAUACACCCAUCAUCACUGGAAUGGGCGACCAGCCCCCAUCGGAAGGUGAGCUCUCGGUUACAUCCGGAAUCCUGGGACGUUUGAGUAAUAAAUGGAAAAACGAAAGCACGGGAAUAUUCAAGGACAAAUCCAAAUAUCAGACGUUGACUCGCAUGUCGUACUGCCAGUGUCGCCUGAAGCUGGUGUUCUCGAGCAUUUUUCACACGUUCGACUGGAGGCACAUUGCCCUGAUAUUGGAUCGGUCGGAUUUGUUUUCACUGACGGUGGGAAAGAAUCUCGAGUACGGGCUCAAGGAGGAAGACCUUCUGACCUGCGUGCGGGAACUGGAUGGUAACGACGAAGAGGACCUGGAUAACUACUUGCGGGAUGUGAGCAUGUAUGCUCGAGUGAUUAUCUUGUCCGUGAGGGGCAGUUUGGUGCGAAAGUUCAUGCUCUCCGCCCACCGGCUCGGUAUGACGAGGGGUGAGUUCACGUUUUUAGAUGUGGAAAUCUUCCAAAGCUCCUACUGGGGCGACCACUACUGGGAAUUGGGCGAUGAAGACGACCAAACUGCUCGGAAGGCGUAUGAAGCCCUGCUGAGAGUCUCUUUGCUUCAGCCCACGAGCCCCUCGUACCAGAUUUUCGCCGACCAGGUGAGAAUUCGUGCCAAACGGGACUACAAUUACACCUUUGUGGAGGACGAGGAGGUGAACUUUUUCAUCGGAGCCUUUUUCGAUGGUGUUUACCUGCUGGGUAUGGCGCUGAACGAGACACUGACUGAGGGCGGCAAUAUUCGAGACGGAACGGCCAUCACUCGGAAGAUGUGGAACAGAAGCUUCGACGGCAUUACUGGAAACGUGCGAAUCGACGACAAUGGAGAUCGGGACGCAGAUUACUCCAUUCUCGACCUGGACCCCAUUACCGGACGCUUCGAGGUGGUAGCCCAUUAUUACGGACGAACAAGAGCUUACUCUCCGGUGAAGGGCAAACGAAUCCACUGGCCAGGUGGCCGGGAAGGUCCUCCACCCGAUGUUCCCAAGUGUGGAUUUUUGGGAACAUCACCGUCGUGCCAAGGAAGCGAAAUAAUUCUCAUCUACGCGUUGAUCGGGUUUGGGAUAAUAUCUGCGUUCGGCGCCGCCGUCACGUACAUUCUUUGCAAGCAAAUGAAGUUAAAUAACGAACUGAACAACAUGUCCUGGCGGGUGCGCCCGGAUGAGGUUCUACUGGAAGUAGGACGACUUUUCGGCAGUAAAAUGGGACUGCAGAAGUUGAACUAUGAGAAUUUUUCCCUCCAGCAAUUCGGAAGCUCCGGUCGUGCGUCCAUUUCCAGUGGCCACUCCCAAUUGCCAGCCCAGUUGUUCACCACUAUCGGCAUCUACAAGGGUGAGCGAGUUGCCAUCAAAAAGGUAGCCAAAAAGAAGGUUUACAUAACCUCAACGCUGCUCUGGGAAAUCAAACAAGCCCGAGACGUAAGCCACGAGAAUACAGUUCGCUUUGUGGGCGCAUGCAUCGAUCUACCGAGGCCGACCAUUCUGAUAUUGACCGAAUACUGUCCGAAAGGUAGUCUCAAGGAUGUUCUGGAAAACGAAGCCAUUCAGCUGGAUUGGAAUUUCCGAAUGUCGUUGAUUCAUGAUGUCGUCAAAGGAAUGGCGUAUCUUCACAACAGUGACGUUGGAGUUCAUGGAAAGCUACGGUCCUGUAACUGUCUGAUCGAUGGCCGAUUUGUUCUGAAGAUCUCCGAUUUUGGACUUCGUACUCUGACGACUCCGUCGGAGUUUGUGCGGGAUCAAAACUACUACAACAAAUUGAGUUUUCCAGAGUUACUGUGGGUAGCACCCGAGCUGCUUCCGACAACGGUGAUCCCAGGAACGCCGGCAACUCAGAAGGGAGAUGUCUACUCGUUUGCGAUCAUUCUGGAGGAGAUCGUUGUUCGAGGUGGACCGUACGAGACGGCUCGGCAGUUUAUGGACCCACAGCAGAUUGCGGAAAGAGUUGCAGCUCAUGAAAGCCCUCCUUUUAGACCUUUUGUUGGCCAGAGAGACUGUCCCCCGGAUUUGCUGGAUCUAAUGGAGAAAUGUUGGUCGGAUAGUCCAGACGAUCGUCCAAGUUUCAUUCAAAUAAAGAGCACGGUUAAACUGAUUAUGAAAGGUUUUUGCGAGAAUCUUAUGGACGACUUGCUGCGUCGUAUGGAGCAGUACGCCAACAAUUUGGAAAGCUUGGUCGAAGAGAAAACCGAACAGCUCAGUAUGGAGAAACGGCGUACCGAAGAGCUUCUGUAUCAGGUUCUACCGAGGCCGGUGGCACAGCAACUUCUUGCCGGGGAAAUGGUCCAACCGGAGCAGUUCGAAUGUGUCACAAUCUAUUUCAGUGAUAUUGUAGGCUUUACGGCACUUUGCGCUCAAAGUCGACCAAUGGAGGUCGUCGACUUCCUGAACGAUUUGUACAGCACUUUCGAUAGAAUAAUUGAAUUUUACGACGUUUACAAGGUGGAAACCAUCGGAGAUGCCUACAUGGUGGUAUCGGGACUUCCGGAGCGAAAUGGACACGAUCAUGCGCGGGAAAUCGGUUUAAUGUCGUUGGCGAUUUUGGAUGCGGUAAAGUCAUUCACAAUCAAGCACAAACCUGAACAGCAGCUGAAGAUUCGUAUUGGGAUCCAUUCGGGACCGGUUUGCGCUGGAGUUGUUGGGCAGAAAAUGCCUCACUAUUGUUUGUUCGGUGAUACGGUUAAUACGGCAUCGAGGAUGGAAUCUACUGGACAUCCAUUGAAAAUUCAUGUGUCUGAGGCGGCUAAACAAAUCCUAGACAAAUUUGGAACUUUUCGAUUGGAAUUGCGAGGAGAAGUUGAACUUAAAGGAAAAGGAAUCUGCACAACGUUUUGGUUAUUGGAAUGUUCUGAACCAGAUCCAAGGCCCCCAACACCGAUGAAAAACUACAUUGAUAAUGAUGUUCCAUUUCCGAUUCUCUUCCCGGCAAUCGGAAAAUAAGUUUAAACGUAUCAAACAAUUUUAACGCAAGGAAAAACUAGUCAUGGUGUCUUAUCAGAACAAACAAAUCACAGAUAUUUAUACAUAUUCAUAUUGCUAUGUCACGAUACACGGGCUUUUAACUAGUUGCAACAAUGAAUGUCAAUUCAAAUAGGAAUCUCUCGUUUAAGUACAUAUAUGAACAGAAAUCAAAUCGUGUUAGAAAUUGAGACAGAUGAGAAGAUAUUUUUGUGCUUGGGAUUAUAUAAUAAUUGAAACUGAUAGGAAAUAAAUGGACUGAAUGUAGAAUGCUCUUAUUA